UUCUCCAGUCUCCAAGUUGUCAGCUUAUUUGCCGCGUGGAUGGAAAUCGUGAGCAAUUAGAUAAUCAUGGAUUAAAAUUAGAAAUAAAUAAUAAAAAAAGCCCUCUAUACAAACUUAACCAUGUCACUUAAAGUAGAACGAGUUCCAGAAAAUAUAGAUUUUCCUAAGGAAGAAGAAAAAGUACUGAAGUUUUGGAAGGAUAUAGAUGCUUUUCAAACUUCUCUGAAACAAUCGAGAAAUAAACCAAGAUACUCAUUUUAUGAUGGACCACCAUUUGCUACUGGACUACCACAUUAUGGACACAUCCUUGCUGGAACUAUUAAGGAUGUUGUAACACGUUAUGCCCACCAACAGGGUUUCCAUGUAGAAAGACGUUUUGGCUGGGACUGUCAUGGACUUCCUGUAGAAUUUGAAAUUGAUAAGACUUUAGGUAUCAAGGGCCCUGAGGAUGUAGAAAAAAUGGGUAUUGAUAAAUAUAAUGCCAAAUGUCGUGAAAUAGUAAUGAAGUAUUCUAAUGACUGGGAAAUGAUCAUCACUAGAAUGGGACGUUGGAUUGACUUCAAAAAUGAUUACAAAACACUUUACCCCUGGUUCAUGGAGUCCAUUUGGUGGGUAUUUAAAGAACUUUACAAUAAGGGUUUGGUAUACCAAGGUGUGAAAGUUAUGCCCUACUCUACUGCUUGUUCAACACCACUUUCUAAUUUUGAAUCUGGACAAAACUAUAAAGAUGUAGUUGAUCCAGCUGUUGUAGUUUCAUUUCCUACAAAUGAAGGCUUUACAUUAUUAGCCUGGACAACUACUCCAUGGACAUUGCCUAGUAAUUUAGCUCUCUGUGUCAAUCCUAAACUGACAUAUUUGAAAAUACAAGAAAAAUCAACUGGCACAAUAUAUGUACUUCAAGAAGCAAGGUUCCCAGUUAUUUUUAAGAAUGUGGAAGAUUUUCUUAUACUUGAAAAAUUUCUUGGUGAAAAAUUAAAGGGUGUUAAGUACACUCCUAUAUUUGACUAUUUUGUUGACUGCUGUCCUAAAGCUUAUCAGGUAUUGACAGAUACUUAUGUCACAGAUGAUUCUGGUACUGGUAUUGUACACCAAGCCCCUUACUUUGGAGAAGACGAUUUCAGAGUUUGUCUUGCUGCAGGAAUUAUUACAAAAGAUCAGGAUAUAAUUUGCCCAGUAGAUUCAAGUGGAAAAUUUACUGAACCAGUUAAAGAUUUCUUGGGACAACACGUUAAAGAUGCCGACAAAAAUAUUAUAGCAAAUUUAAAAGCACGCAAUAGGCUAAUACAAGCUGGUCAGGUUAAACAUAGUUACCCUUUUUGUUGGCGGUCAGAGACACCACUAAUAUACAAAGCUGUACCAUCUUGGUUUAUUCGAGUUGAACAAAUGAACCAAGAUCUUCUGAAAUCUAGUGAGGCUACAUAUUGGGUUCCAGAAUAUGUCAAAGAAAAGAGAUUUGGUAACUGGCUUAAAGAUGCUAGAGACUGGGCUAUUAGUAGAAACCGUUAUUGGGGCACUCCUAUACCUCUGUGGAUUUCUAGUGACAAACAAGAAGUUGUCUGCAUUGGAAGCAUUGCUGAAUUACAAGCUCUCACUGGAAAAGAAGUCAGUGAUCUUCAUAGGGAAAAUAUUGAUCAUUUAGAGAUACCCUCAUCACGCCCUGGACACCCGCCACUGAAACGAGUUCCUGAAGUAUUUGAUUGUUGGUUUGAGUCUGGUUCAAUGCCAUAUGCACAAUUUCAUUAUCCCUUUGAGAAUAAAAAAGAAUUUGAAGACAUAUUCCCAGCAAAUUUUAUUGGUGAAGGUAUCGAUCAAACAAGGGGCUGGUUUUAUACUCUUAUUGUCUUAUCAACAGCUUUGUUCAACAAGCCGCCUUUUAAAAAUCUGAUUGCUAAUGGACUUAUUUUAGCUGCUGACGGACAAAAAAUGUCAAAGCGAAAGAAAAAUUAUCCUGAUCCAUUAGAAAUCGUCAAUAAAUAUGGCGCUGAUGCCUUACGACUUUACCUUGUUAAUUCUCCUGUUGUAAAAGCAGAAAAUCUUCGUUUUAAAGAAGAAGGUGUUAGAGAUGUUAUCAAAGAUGUUUUUCUACCGUGGUAUAAUGCUUUCCGUUUUCUAAUGCAAAAUGUUGAAAGAAUUGUUCAAGAAGAUAAAAUAAAUUACAAGUUCAAUGCAAAAGCAAAUAGAGAAAAUGUUAUGGACAAGUGGAUAACCUCAUUUACACAAUCUUUGAUUAAUUUUGUGAAAAAGGAAAUGGCUACUUACAGAUUGUACACUGUGGUACCCAGACUAACAAAGUUUAUAGAUCAUCUUACCAAUUGGUACGUUAGAAUGAAUAGAAAGAGGCUAAAGGGCGAAAAUGGCGUAGAAGACUGCCAGGUGGCUUUAGACACUUUAUUUGGCGUUUUAUUUGAUAUGAUAAGGGUGAUGGCUCCAUUUACUCCUUUUUUGACAGAAUUAAUGUAUAAGGUUUUACGUCAAUUACUUCCUGGAGAAUCACUCGAAAGUUUGCAUUUCAACAUGAUCCCUGAACCGAGGCUGGAUUUAGUAGACACAAACAUAGAAAGAGCCGUGCAAAGAAUGCAAAUUGUAAUUGAACUAGGCAGAGUUCUAAGAGAUCGCAAAACUAUCCCUAUCAAGUAUCCAUUACCUGAAAUGAUUGUAAUUCAUCGUGAUCAGACUUAUCUAAAUGAUGUAAAAUCCUUGGAGACAUAUGUUUUGGAAGAAAUGAAUGUAAAGAAGGUGCAAUUAACUAGUGACAAAGAAAAAUAUGGCAUCACAUUAAGAGCUGAACCAGAUCAUAAAGUUCUUGGUGUGCGUUUAAAGGGUAAUUUUAAAGCCAUAACUCAAGCUUUAAAAGAUCUCAACAAUGAACAAUGUGAAAAGCUUGUUGCUAAUGGAUCCAUCGAAUUGCUGGGACAGCAUAUUGAUGUUUCUGAAGUUAGACUCAUAUUUCAGGCAAAAGGUAAUGAUCAAUUUGAAGCUCAUAGUGAUAACGAUGUAUUAGUUCUAUUAAAUGUAACUCCUGAUCAAGACAUGUUGGACGAAGGGUUUGCAAGGGAAAUCAUAAACAGGGUUCAAAAAUUGAGGAAAAAGGCACAUUUAGUACCUACUGAUGAAGUAGAUGUUUAUUAUUCUGUUGGAAAAACCAGUGAUAUUGUACGUAUAUUGAAUGUGCAUAGAGAUUUUAUCGAGACAACGGUAAAAGCUCCACUUAUUCCUAUAGAAAAAUUGUCGUCUUCUAAAACAGUGAUUAUUGAAGAAACUCAGGAACUUAAAGGUUCUCAACUAAAAUUGGUAAUAACAUGGCGAAAGGAGGUAGAACUACCUACAAAACCUUGGGCUAAUAUUCUUUUACAGGGUUAUAAUCCUCGAUUAGGUGUGUCAGCCAAUAAGGCUAGCAUCAUUCUAAAAAAUGUAGAUGACAGCUACAUUACUCUGGACAAUCUUUACAAGGAGGUUCAAAUCUUGUUUGGUCUUUAUGGAAUAAAGUUUACAUUAUGGUGCGAUGGUGUUGAAGUACAUGAUACAAGAAACUUGAAUUCUAAAACUAUAGUUGUAUCAUCAUCGAAGCCAAAAGAUUUAGAAAAACAGAGCACACCAUUCUGCAAGUUUGUUAACAUUGCAAAUGGAACCAAAAAGGCAACAUUGUUCUUGGAGAAUCCAUUGGGCAAAGCGACACUCGCCAAGAAACAAGCUAUACAAUUCGUGUCAGACUGUUUAGGCAUUAAGAUUACAGACCUUGAUAAUAAACUAUUUCAGUAAGAUUAUGAAUCGUCGAAGAUAAUGAUAAAAGUAUUGGUUUUCUGUAGUAAUGCUUAUUAUUUUAUUAAAUUAUUUGCUUAUAUUAAA